AUGUUUUCAGCUACAUUUCCUGUCACUGUGAAGGCUUUUAAGGAUAGACAUUUGCGGAAGCCAUACAUUAUCAAUCUCAUGGAUCAACUCACGCUUAUGGGUGUCACACAUUAUUACGCUUUUGUUGAAGAGAGACAGAAGGUUCACUGCCUCAACACACUUUUCUCGAAGGUCGGCCGAUCAGGACGGUUUGGACAUCUUGGGUUGGCUGUGAAUUUGGUAACAUAUGAGGACCGUUUCAAAAUGUAUCAGACUGAGCAAGAACUUGGCACUGAAAUCAAACCAAUUCCUUCUCAUAUCGAUCAAGCAAUCUACUGUCACUUUGUCAAAAACAACAGUGAUUGCAUCUUAAGACCAAUGUGCCGCAGUGUUCAGGUGUUUCUCAAGCUAGGAGAAGAUAAGGGAAAGGAUUCUUGGCGGUUAUGUAAAAACGAUUAA